AUGGACCCCAUAUCGAUUGCUGCGACUGCAGCGUCACUAGCAGGAGCUGCUGGAAGUACUGCUAUUGUGUUGAUUCGACUGGCCAAAAAGGUCAAGAAUGUCGACAUCAAACUAUCAGAUGCUUUCGAAGAGGUCCAAAAGCUGUCUGUACUCCUUGUGUCUGUGGACAAGACAGUGAGACAGUGCCAGACACACGUACCGUCACUUUCUCAUUUUUAUCACAACAUAUGGGGACAUUUUGGAGACACCUUAGCAGACUGCAAGUCCAACAUCGCCGGUAUCGAUCAGCUUCUCAGAAAACUCAGCGUACAUUUCGACGCGGAAGGCAAUCCGCUUGCAAAAACUUCUCAGAAAAACAAACUUCUAUUUCAUCCUAAGUAUCCACAAGGAAGAGAUUCAAGACUACAAGGUCAAGAUCCUCAAUUCGAACUAGGCUAUUCAGAUGAAUUUGCAGCUGGUGACCAUAGGCUAUUCCAGGAGCUUAACAAGCUGAAAGGUUCGAUCAAAAAAUCUCUUCGAAAGGCACACCGAGAACUACCCGGGUCUGAGACGGAGAAGAAAAUGGAGAUCGCAGCUCGCAACGUUCCUUUCAUCCACUUCGAUAUGUUCGACGGGGAGAUCGAUGAACGCAAGCAUCCUUACGAGACAACAGACCAGCAUAGAGGCAUGCAAGCCAGCGGCAGACCAGACCAAGACGAAAAUCCAUCAUCUAGGAUUGCAGAGGAUAACUGUGGAAAUAUGAAUCAAGCCCUAGGCUUUUCACAGACGUCCUUUGGCCUAUUAAGCCUCCCACCCCGGCUAGAGUCCCUGAAGAAGCAUGCUGCCAGCCGUUUUUUUAACAGCGCUACUAACUAA